AUAAGGUAUUUGGCAUUAUAUAUUGAAACUUAGAUAAAUCAAAAUGAAACAAAAAAUAUAUAAAAUUUCAAAAGAACAAAAAAAGAAAAAUAGAGAAAUUUUUUGAAAGAAAAAUACCUUUUUAUAAGAAAUAUGAAAUUUCCCCCCAAAAAAAAAAAAAAAACUAUAAUCAUUAACUUACGGAAAUGUCAUAUUUUCCCUAUAUAAUUCCAUCACCGAAAAGUUAAUUAGGAUCAGAUUUUUACAAAACAAAAUGGCAACGGUAAAUUUGAUAACAAAAUACGAUCAUAUUCUUGCAUUAGGUAACAUAAUUUUUAUUUUUUUAAUUUUAGCUUCUGAAUUAUAAUUUCCCUCCAGUAGAAGAGAGAAAAGAAAAGAAAUUUAUAAAGACGAAAAGAAACCAAAAAAAAUAAAAUAAAAUAAAAAAGUAAUUAUCAAAAAACAUAAAACGGUAUCAAUAAAACAUGUGUCACUCUUUUAUUGGAUGUAUAGGAAAGGAUUCGUUGCAGACUAAACGCACAGAAUAAGCAUCUUCGUUUUAAAAGGACCGUUUGAGAGGGUGCCAAAGUAGCACUGUAACGGCUAGUUUCCAUUUGAAAAAUAAAUAAAUAAAUAAAAAAUAAAAAACACCAUCUUCAUCUUCGUCUUCAUCGUCUGGUAGAUCAAGGAACAUCCAAAUAAAUAAAUAAAUAAAUAAGCCUACAAUUACAACUUUUUCUUCUCCACCGAAGCUUUUUCUUCAAUCGUCUGAAAUUUCUGGCCUCGAAUCUCUUGGAAUUUUCUUGGAGGCUUUUUCUUGAAUCAAAAUCAAUAUAUCUGUGAGUGACAGGUAGGCCAUGGACCUGGGCUGCUUGGACUUGGGUUGUAUCUCUAUGUCUGACCACAAAUUCACCGCCGACACAGAGAGGAAAGGAAAUGAUUCCUCUGAAUCGCUCACCGCAACUUCAAAGAUCGGAAAGACUAAGUCAUUGAAAGAGACUGGCCAAUCAGCUUUGAAUUCUCUUAACAAAUUCACAUCACAAAUUAAGAAGCCUUCUCAUCGUAAAGGCUCCCCACUCAACUGGUUCCCACGCAAGAAAGUGGACUCCUACUUGGAGAGGAAAAUUAAAAUGCUGCAGGAAGUAGAUGGUAUGAAUUUAACUCUUGAUGAGACGCUGGGUGAUUCUAAUCCCCAUUACUCAAGAGUACUGAGAGAAAAAAUGGCAGCAAGAGAAGCUGCACACAAGGCAAUGGAAGCUCAAAAAGCUGCAUUGGUAGAGGCAUCUUGGUGUCGGAUACUUAAAGCAUCCCGGAUCCAAUGCAAAGAAGCAGAAACCCAGUUGGUCAAAGCAGAACAAACUGCAGCUGAAGCUUUUGAAGCAGCAAGAGCCAUAGGAGUUAUCAUGUAUGACAAACCAAAUUGCCCCAGGAAGCCUUCUCAUGUAGAAUCAUCUUCUAUGAAUAGAGGAUCUACUUCUCAUGCUGUUACAGCUUCCUUUGAAUCUGCAUUCGAGGUGGAUAAAGAAGUAGCCGCUGCAGUAAGAACUGCAUUGAUUAGGCUUUCAAAUUGCUCAUCUUUUAAUAAAGAUGAAUUCAAAGCACUGCUUCGAAAAAUCAGUCAAAACCCAGAUAUAGGUGACAAGAAUCAGGAAUUGUGUGAUUUUGUUCCUUCUGAAUGCGAAUCGGAGUCUGGAUCAGAACUUGAAACAGUAUCUCAGAAGGAUGGUUCUAUCUCUCAAGACUUGGAGUGCAACAUGCCAGUUACUGAGGUUAGACAGAGGAAAAAUAGGAGAAGGCAGUCAUUUGAAAAACUUAAUAUGACAAAGCUUGUAGAUAUGAUGCUUGAGAGGCUUCGAUGUUUGCAAGAAGAUGAACUUUCUUCUCUUGCCACUAUUGUUGCAACUUGUGGUUUAAAUGCUGCCUUAGCUGAAGUUGAAAAUAGCAAGCUGCACGAUCCAGGCUCUACUGUUGAUCAUACCUGCAAAUCAUCUCUUGAUUUUCCACAUGGAGCAGGAAAGCUUGAAUGCUCGAAGGAUGGACAAAUGAGAAGGAAGCAAACGGAACCAGAACUGCCGAGUCUAGACAAGUUCUUAGUUAAGCACAUGACGAAACUUGAAAGAGAAGUGCAGGAAGCCAGAAAGAGUAGAAGGAAUGAAUGUAAUAAUGAAACUGCAGAACAGAAAGUCGAUUUAGGGAAUAAUGAAGUUUCAUCAGAAUCUAUUCCAGAAUUGGGAAGCAUCCUUUUGAAGAAUUCCUCAAAACUUGAAAAGGAGAUUGAAGCGGCCAAAAGAAACUUUGGUAAAAAUUUGGAAGGAGCACCAAAUGGAUCGGUUGGUCACAUGAAGAAAGAUGUUUCAGAAAUCCCCAGUUUAGAUAAGUUCCUAGUAAAGCAUGUCUCGAGACUUGAAAAGGAGGUGCAAGAAGCAAGGAACAAAAGAAAAAAUGACCCACAUGAAGAAGGUAAAGAAACUAAAAGGGAAGAGGAAGAAAAUCCAGCAGCUUCACAGGAAAAUUCUAGUUCCUGUUCAGAUGAAGGACUGAAGGGGAAAGAAAAUGUUGACAUAAAUAAGAAAGGAGAAAUAAAUGCUAAAAAGUCUCGAGAUAGCUUAGACAAUAUCUUGGUUAAGCAGGUGCACAAGCUAGAAAGAGAAAAAAUGCAAGCUUUGGCAAUGGGAAACAAUCAUGGAUAUAAAAACCUCCAAAAGAAACCGGCCGCUACAGAAUGUGAGAGCUUGGACAAAGUGUUAGUAAAACAUGUUUCCAGACUAGAGAAAGAGAAGAUGAGCCAAGGUUCAGUGGAAGAAUCUUUGAAAGUGAAUAGAAAAAACACAAAUAUGCAUAUGGAAACGAAUGAAGAAGGUGGUUUGGACCAAAUUUUGGUUAAACAUAAAUCGAGGCUGGAGAGGGAAAAGCUGUUUGCAGCUCAGCAACCAGAGAACCAGAUGAAACACUCUCUAACUCGUAGGGAAGCAAGGGAGAGGGAGUUGCAAGAAAUAUGGGGAGGUUUAAGUUUGGGAAACUCUAUGAAGCCGCAUUUAUCAAAACUUGAACGGGAUAAGGCUGCUUGGAUAAAAGCUGAAAAGGAGGAAAGGAGUCAAGCCACGGGUUAGGCAGAUUAAAGCUGAUUGCGUAGGGGAGAGGCAAAGCUUAGAGGCCAUGAAUUUGGAUGGCUGGAAUCCUGGGAAAAAACAAGAAAAAUGUCAACAAAAAAAAAAAAAUGAAUUUGUAAUUUUUUGUGGGAUUAUUUUUUUAUGUUUAAAUACAAUUCUCAUAGGUUUUCCUUUUA